AUGGCUCUGAACCAGCGCAUAAGCAAACGCUUCUCUGUAGCAUCCUUCACAGAGAGGUGGGCGGGCCAGCAGGCCAGCGGUGGGGAAAGGCACGGGGAGAAGAGCCGGCAGAUAGGCUCCAGCUCUCUGCGAAGUGGGUGGCCAAUCGCCAAUUGCCAGCUCUCGCAGCCGCUGUCAGGGCCGUGUUUCCGGCACGCCACUGUCACUGUGCCUUUCGGCUCCCGUGGCGACCCGGCUCCCUGCCCGCCCCUGUCGGGCACGCCGCGGUGCCGCCUCCGCGAGCGUCCGUCCGUACUGGCUGUGACGCCUUCUGAAGAGCCUCUGGAACAGUUCCUCACUCUACUGGUGGUGGAGCAGCACCGUCUUUCGGCUCCGCCUGGCGCGGGCCCUGGCUCGGCCCCGGCCCCAAAAGAGGCUCCUCCCGCGUUUCCGCCCGGAGCCGCCCCGCAGCCGCCCGGCUCCCGCCCCGUCGCCGGCAGCUUCCCCAGUCCAAGCCGCGCCGCCUGUCAGCUCGGCUGCUGGCCCCGAGCCGCCGGAGCCCGGGGUGGCUCAGGAAGCAGCAGCGCCUGGGGCGGGCGGGUGCCCCGGGCAGAAUGCCGAGAGCCCGGUGCCGUCCGCACGGCCGCAGAAGCCUCCUCUGGAGCAGCUCUACCGGGAGGGCCCACUGCUGGGGAUCAGCGGCUGCGGCAGCAUUUACGCCGGGACCCCGGCUCCCCGACGCCCGCCGCUCGCCUUGGCUUGCAGGUGGCCAUCAAGCGAGUGCCCUGGGAUCGCGUCUCGGAGUGGGCGCGGCUGCGCAGCAGCGCCCUUGUGCCCCUGGAGCUGGUGCUUCUCCGGAUGGUGUCGUGCCCUGACUUCCGCGGCGUCGUGCGGCUCCUGGACUGGUUCGAGCUGCCUGACGGCUUCGCGCUGGUCAUGGAGCGUCCGGAGCGCUGUCAGGACCUCUGGUACUUGCUGGAGGCGCGGGGGCUCCUGCCAGAGCCCGUGGCGCGGGGGCUGUUCCGCCAGGUGCUGCAGACCGUGUGGCACUGCACCAGCCGCGGCGUCCUGCACCGCGACAUCAAGGCCGAGAACGUCCUCGUUGACCUGGCCACCGGCGAGGCGAAGCUCAUCGACUUCGGCUGCGGCACGAUCCUCCAGGACACAUUGUACACGCGGAUGUCAGGAACGCCAGAGUACAACCAGCCGGAGUACUUCAGCUGCUACCAUGGCCAGCCAGCCACCAUCUGGUCCUUGGGCAUCCUGCUCUAUGAGCUGGUCAGCGGGCACCUUUCUUUCAAAACCAGUGAGGACAUUGUCUGGGGCCAGUUCUUCAUCCCACUCUGGGUGUCUCAAGAGUGCCCAGCACCUCAUCAGGUGGUGUUUAUCCAUUGACCCUGAAGACAGGCCAUGCCUGGAAGACCUUUCUGAGCAUUCUUGGCUGUAGAACCCCCACCUGGCCCAGAAGACAGCAGCGAUCCAUCCCUCUGCACAGUAGGAUCCAGGAGCCCAGCAAGUACCAGCUGCUCAUGUCUCAUGGCGCUCAAAGAAAACCCCACAGGGUUUCCCUGCAGCCGCAGCACAAAGCAGAGAG